AUGAAACGGACAAAAUAUAAUGUAGAAGCAGAUGGAUAUCAUAUAGAAAUACCUUAUACAUGUUCUGAAGUUAGAAAAUUAAUUAAUGAAGGAAAGCAUAUUGAUAAAUUUAAAUUAAAAAGAGAAAGGAUUGAAGCAAGAAGUGCAUCAUUUGGAAAAGGAGGAGAAAGAACUGCAUUUGAAGGAAUAUUUACAAAAAGUGAAAGAGAAAUAGUUUUAAAACGGUUUAAUAAAGAAAGAAAAUUUGAUGUUUUUAUUGAAACGAUAGAAAAACAAUGUGUUUGUUCAAGUUUAGCUAUUGAAUUUAAUCAACUUCAUGUUACAGAAAAACAAAUUCAAUUUAUUCCAACUACAUUAUUUAUUUCAAAUUCAUUUAAAGGAAUUUAUGAUGAAAAAAUAUUAAAUAAAAAAGAAUUAGAACCUUUAAUUGAAAAUGGAAUAUUCUUAGUUGAACCUUUACUUCAUGGAGAAUUUAUUAAAUUUAAUUGUAAUAAUGGAAAUUUAUGGUUUGAUUCAUAUCAUGCAACUUUACAUGCAUUUAGUCAUUGGAGUUGGUGUAUUAGUAAUCACCAAUUAAUUAUUGUUGAUCUUCAAGGAAUUCAAAUUGGAAAUUGUUUUUAUUUAACUGAUCCAGCUAUUCUUUCAAUAUCAGAAAAUAAAUUUUCAAAUUCAUCAACUAAUUUAGGUGAAGAAGGGAUCAGUAGAUUCUUUGAAACACAUUACUGUAAUCAAAUAUGUGUUGCAUUAAAUAUUAAUACUGAUCUUUAUCCUAAACAAAUUCCAGAUGAAAUUAUUUCAACAGAAACACCAGUAAAUGAAAAAAUGUCAUGUGUUUCACAAGAACCAUCAACUUCAUUAGGAAAAUGUGUUGUACUUCAUCCAUUUAAAGCAGAAGAAAUAAAUGAUUUAAAUUUAGAAAAAGAUGAUAUAAUAGAAAUAACAGCAAAAGAAGGAGAUUGGUGGCAAGGAAGAUGUAAAGGAAAAGAAGGAAUUUUUCCAAGAAAUCAUGUUCAAGAAUUCUUAAAAGUAUUUCAAUUUGUUUGUUGUUCUGAUUAUCAUGCUAAAAAUAAAGAUGAAAUUGAUGUUUCUGUUGGUGAUUUAGUUUAUCUUCUUGGAAAAAAAGAAGGAAAUGUUAGAGUUGGAUUAAUUGGAAAUGAAUUUAAAUUUGGAUUUAUUCCAUUUGAUGUUGUUCAACCAAUAAAUUGA